UGAUGAUCCCUCCGUUUAUAUGUGAGACUAGGUGCUAUGUUGAAUGUUCUCUUCCUCUCACUUGCCACACCACCGCCGCCGCAGGAGACAACAACAACAACAACACGUUCCAUUCUCGAGGAGAGAGUGGUUGGGUUAGAUGGAGAAGGAGUUGGUGGAAUUGUACGAAGCGGCGAAGAAGGCGGCGGAUGCGGCCAUCUCCGGCGACGGCAAACAUGAGGAAAGCCGAUGCAUCGAUGCGCUCGAGCAGCUCAAGAAGUUUCCCGUUAAUUACAAGAUUCUCGUCAACACCCAGGUGGGUAAACAUCUUAAAGUUUUGACAAAGCACCCGAGGCUGAAAAUUAAGGCCUUUGCUAUUGACCUAAUUGAGAUAUGGAAAGGCAUAAUUAUCAAGGAAACAAGCAAAAAUAAAAAUGGGGGCUCUGAUAGUAAGGUUGAGUCGGCUAAUGGGGAGAAAUCUAAAGCUGGGAAAAUGCAAAAGAGUCCUUCGGUAAAGGUUGAAAAAGGUGAAACUGUUAAGGUUGAGAAAAUUGAUAGGAAUGGUACAACAAAGUCAAGCUCAGAAAAUAUGAAAAAGGUACAAAACGAUGUCAAGAAUGAGAAAACUGAUCGUUCUGCAAGUGUCAAGGUGGAAAAGAUAGCCAAGGAGGAAAAGCCAGUUUCUGGAGCAAAGAAAAUGUCAUCCAGUUCUGCCGCUCCCCCAAAACUAAAAACUAUGAUUAAAUCUAAUGAUGCAACACGAGACAAAAUAAGGGAAAUUCUCCACGAGGCUUUAUCCAAGGUUACUGGAGAAGCUGAUGAAGAUCUUGUAGAUGUAGUCAAUAAUUCUGAUCCUAUCCGUGUUGCUGUGACAGUGGAGUCUGUAUUAUUUGAAAAAUGGGGCCCUUCUAAUGGGGCACAAAAGGUCAAGUAUAGGUCCUUAAUGUUUAACCUUAAGGAUUCAAACAACCCUGAUUUCCGGAGAAAAGUUCUGCUUGGUGUUAUUGAGCCAGAGCAACUGAUCAACAUGAGCACAGCAGAAAUGGCUAGUGAGCAAAGGAAGCAGGAAUAUCAGAAAAUCACAGAGAAAGCUUUGUUUGAAUGUGAGCGUGGAGGUCCGCCAAAAGCUACAACCGAUCAAUUUAAGUGUGGCCGAUGUGGUCAAAGAAAGACCACCUAUUACCAAAUGCAGACUCGCAGUGCUGAUGAACCUAUGACAACCUAUGUCACUUGUGUUGUCUGCAAUAACCGUUGGAAGUUCUGUUAGUGCAGUUGUGAUUAGUGAGUCUCACUAGAGCUGUUGUCUUCUGUUACUGAUUUAGGGUAUGAAGGUGCGAGUAUCAUGGUUCCGAAUUGCAAUCGUGCCAGAAUUUUCCAUCAGACUGUUUAGAUGUAGAAAUUUUUAGGCAGAAAAAUUGUACUUUUUAUUCUUUCAGUUUUAACUCAAGUUUUCGCAUUAUUGUAGUUUGCUGUAACUUUACAAGUGAUUGCACCAAUGUUUUUCUCAGGUUCUACUCAUCAGUAACUAAGUACUUAACCUAACGGCAUCCAACCUAUACGAUUAGUUAACAGAAUGGUCAGUUAGAGCUAGGUUUUAUUCAUAAACACUAAGUGCAUUGUACUUAAUUUUCUUUGUAAGCUUGCAGCACACUUUACAAUGUAGUCUCUUCGUUUCAUUUUAA